AUGAAAACACAUUUAUUCCCUUCUGGCGCUGCUGCUCUGCUGCUCUUAGCUGCUGCAGUGCAGCAGCUCCUGCUGCAGCAGCCAGCUGCAGUCGCAGCUGCAGCAGCAGCUGCAGCACAACCCACAGAUCCUCAUGAGGGGGCUCCAUCACAGGGGGCCCCUGGGGGCCCCUCAGCAGCCUCGCUGAGCGCUGGAGACGCUGAUGCUUCAUUAUUUGCUGCUACUGUUGCUGCCUUUAUGUCUGCUGCAGCAGCAGGAGAUACCCCGGCUGCAGCAGCUCCCGGUGCAGCAGCAGCCUCAGCAGCAAGUCCCUCAGCAGCAGCAGCUGCUGCUGCCGCUGCAGCAGCAGCAGCAAAGCAGCAGCAAAAGGGAGACAGUUUAGGGGGGCUGCAUGCAGUGUGGGGCUUCCUCACAGCUUAUUAUAUUAUUGAUGCUGCUGCUGCUGUUCUAUUUGCUGCUGUUGUUGCUGCUGCAAUACUCGGGAAGCGAAGAAACACAAAAAUCGCAAUCCGCUGGUUACAAGAAGUGCAAGAGUUGCUGCGCAUGCAGUUUGCUGAGGUUGGGGCUGCAGCAGGAGGAGUUUUUACUGCUUUGUCUUUCAGCGACUUUGAAUUAUUUGCUUCUGGCAGACGCAACUGCGAUUGCAUGCUUCUUACUCUCAAUUGCGUGCCUCGUCAGGAUCUGUGGAGGGGUGUUUUGCUGCGGGGUUUAGUUGGUGGAGGCGAAGAUGCUGCAACAAUUGAAGUGCUGCUGCCUCCAGCUGGCGAAGCAUUUAUUGUUGCAGUCUGUAGAAAAGAAGAACAAAGAAAUACGCUCGAGAACCACUGGGAUAUCGCGGAGUUUUGCAAGUUGCGCAGCAGCAGCAGCAGCAGCAAUUUGCUGCCUUCUGGUUUGGUGUUAUUCUCUGAUACGAACGAAGCAGCAGAGAAGCUGCUAGAGACUCCAGGAGUAUUAAAGUUGCUGCAGCAGCUGGCACCACACCUCAAGUGUAUGUACACCUCAGAUCUAUGCACAAACACCAACCCCACACUUGCCCCUACUAUUGCUGCGCUGUACGGAACAGCAGCAGCAGCACCAAACAAACCGAAGCGGGUGUUGCGGCUGACGUAUUAUUUACCAGAAGGCGACGCAAACGUCGACGCAAGGCUGCCGAUUGCAUUUGCCUGCAAAUUAAUCGACGCGAUAUCCACUCUCAAACUCAGCGAUGCUUGUAUUGAGUCGACCCGUCGCAUGCGUCUGGCGUAUGAAAAGGAAGAACAUAAAAAAAGAAGAAAGGAGCAAGAAGAGGUGGUGCGCGUUUAA